AAGAAGUCCCACUUCAGAAUCAUAGGCUCAUGAAGGCUGGGAAAGAGCUCUGUGACCACCAAGUCCAACCCACCCCAACGUGCCACAUCUCCACACUGCACACCUCCACGGCCCUCACCGCUCUGUGCAGCUGCGCCAGCGCAUCACUGCUCCUUCUGAGGAGAAACUGUCCCUAAUUAAUCCCUGAUAUGCAACCUGCAUCUCCCGUGGUGCGACUUAAGGCCACUCUCCACGUUACAUGGAGCCCAUCUCACCACAACCUCCUUUCAGGAGCUGUGAUGGGGUCUCUUCCCCAGCCUGACCCACAGCACUGUGCUCCAGACACAGCUCGGUUCCCAUCUCCAUACACACUCCGUGGCCUUCAUCUCUUUCCUGCCCAGCCUGACAACGGACACAAACACCACAGCGAAGCUCCCUUCGUGCUGGGAUCCACCCCCGGGCCAUGGCGCUGAGGGAGGCGGUGUCCCGGCCGCUCCCGCCUUCCUCCCUUCCCCUGGGCGGCCCCACGGUGGGAGUCACGGGGCGGGCGGGCCGCUGCCAUGGAGCUGCCUGCCGUCAGCCUCAAGGCCAUCAUUCUGGUGCACUGGCUGCUCACAGUGUGGGGAUGCAUGAACAGCUCGUUUCCAGCCUCCUAUGCUUGGGGUAAUUUCAGUGUCCUUGCAGUGGGGAUCUGGGCCAUUGUGCAGCGAGAUUCCCUUGAUGCCAUCGUGAUGUUCCUGACCGGCCUGCUGCUCACGGUCCUCACAGACAUCAUUCACAUCUCUGUCUACUACCCUUUGCAUAGUUAUCUCAUUGAUGUGAAGCGUUUCAGUAUGGGCAUGGCCAUCUUCAGCCUCCUCCUGAAACCUGGAUCCUGCUACUUUGUGUAUCGAAUGUACCGGGAGCGUGGAGGGGAAUAUAUCUUCAACAUAGGCCUGGAGUCCUCGUCUGACAGCCAUUUUGCCUACAAUGGUCUCAACCGUGCAGGCCGGGACCGCAGUGCCUAUGAGACAAUUGAUCAGCAGGAAGGCUCUCCACUGUGGCCUGACUCAAGCAAGACAGCUCAGCAUCCAUAUUGAGGCCCUUGUCUGCAGCAGAAUGGACACCUCCCUCCCUCAGUCCGGCCUUAUGCUCCUCCCAUGUCUGUUUUGAUGAGACAAGACCUUCUACUGAGCAAAAAGGAGAGGAUCUGAUUUGACUUUUCUUUUUCCUUCCUGAAGAUUAGGCAGAGGGGUUCUUGGAAUGAGCCCAAAACAUCUCAGAUGACUUUAAGCACUGUGACUCUUUGUAAUUCCAACACACUGCUUUCCUCUCUCCCCCUAAAUCCCUCCUCUGUAUGUGCAAGUGGAUGUGCCUUCUGCAUUCUUCCAAAUCUUGUAUUGUGCCUCCUCUCUAUUGUAAGUAAGGGAGAUGCACAAAAUAUUCCUGGGCAAGCUAUCUUUAACAAGCUUAUGGACUGCCCCUAAGACAACACAGUUUAGCCUGUCUUCUUGCUGAUAUGUUUCCAGGAAACAUCUGGGAGUUCUUGAGGGCUGUUUUUGAUAAUGUUUUUAAAUUAAGAUUUAUGACCAUAAUUCUCUGUGCUAGCUGUGGUGGUUUACGUGCAGCUGGGGUUGGUAUAAAGUGCUCUUACUGGGCCAGGGAGCAUUCAUUGAUGCUUUUAUGAAAGUUGAAUGUCCUUCAGGAUACUUAAAAUGGCUGGUAAAUGUUGAUUACAUAUGCUCUGUGCCUUGAAAUGUCCUUUUGCCUUCAGCAGCCUGCCUUAAUAGGACUUGAAGUGUUAUACUUUUCUAAGAAAACUAUAAAAUGAAUACAGUUCUUCUGUGUUAGAAAAGAAA